AUGCUCGCCCGUCAGACCGCCCGCAUUGCCCGCCAGACGCGCGCCUACUCCGGCCUCGUGAACAAGGAGAGCCACGUCGCUGCUGACCAGAAGCUCUUCACCACCGUCAAGCGUCCCACCUACAUCAAGCGCGAGUCGGACGGCCCCCUCUUCAAGGGCAUGCUCGUCGGCCUCGGUUUCGGCUUCGUGCAGAUCCUUCGUGGCGAGGUUUCCAUGGCCACGGGCACUGGUAAGAAGGAGUAA